AUGGCGACCUUUUCUUCUGCCAUGGAAAUUAGACUGAGCAAAGAGACACCCUCGAAUUCUUCUUCCCCAUUGUUGGUCCAAAAGCUGUCGUCUUUGAAAAGGAAGAGACCUCCCCAGAUAGAGAUCCCUAAUGUCCUGCAAGAGAUUCAAAAUGAUAAUCUCAGAUUCAGAGAUUUAACUCAACAAAACGACGCCGUUUUCUUCGGAGGAAAUGGUUUCGGUGUUGUCUCCACCAAAGGCAAGAAGAAAUUCAUGGAAGACAGUCACAGAAUUGCUUCUUGUUUUGCCGGAAACUCAAACAUGAGUUUCUUUGGAGUUUACGAUGGCCAUGGAGGUGGUAAAGCUGCAGAAUUUGUGGCUGAGAAUUUGCACAAAAAUGUUCUUGAGAUGAUGAAGAAUUGCAAAGAGAAAGUGGAGAAAGAAGAAGCCUUUAAAGCUGCUUAUUUGAGUACCGAUCGUGAUUUCUUACAAGAGGGUGUAGUAAGUGGUGCUUGCUGUGUUACAGCUUUGAUACAAGAUCAGGAGAUGAUUGUCUCCAAUUUGGGAGAUUGCAGAGCUGUCCUGUCUCGACGAGGAGUUGCUGAGGCUCUUACAACUGAUCACAGAGCUGGAAGGGAUGACGAACGCGAAAGAAUCGAGAAUCAGGGAGGUUAUGUCGAGUUCCAUCGAGGAGCCUGGCGAGUUCAUGGAAUACUUGCUAUUUCUAGAAGCAUUGGAGAUGCACACCUGAAAAAAUGGGUGGUUGCUGAACCCGAGACAAGAAUACUUGAAUUGGAACAAGACAUGGAGUUUCUUGUCUUAGCUUCUGAUGGACUUUGGGAUGUGGUUAGUAAUCAAGAAGCGGUUGACACCGUGUUGGAUGUUCUAGCUCAGAGGAAGACGCCUAGAGAAUGCGAAGAGGAGAACUUGAUCCAAGGGCUUGUCAAUGUAAGUCCAUCUUCAAAACUUCGAAGAGUUUCGCUUGUCAAGCAACGAAAAGAGUUGUUGCAAAUUCAGUCUCCCAAAUGUGCAAAAUCCAACUCAGAGAAUGAAUCACCCCACCUUGAAAUGGGGAGUCCACCUUCAAAGUCACGGAAGAUCACGGCAUUGAAGCGAAUAAAGAUGAAGUCUGAGUCUUCUUGGGCUAAAGCAGCUUGCAAAGAGCUCGUCGACCUUGCCACGAGUAGAGGUAGUAUGGAUGAUAUCACAGUGGUGAUUAUCGAUCUCAACCACUACAAAUGCUGA